GAAGAGGUUGAGAAAGUUCGUUAUCAUCGAAAAAUGUAUUGAUAACAGAGUCAGUUUUUGGUAAAAACUUCAACGAGUGUCGCUUGAUCAAGACGUUCCUGUUUUAAGGUAUUGAUAAUAAAACUGAAAAUGUGGAAUUUUUUCGGAGAUACUUGUGAAAAAAUAAGGAAAAUACAGGAGGACAUGCUAGAAACAAAUGGUUAUCAUUGGGAAAAAUACACAGUGACCACAGAGGAUGGCUACAUAAACACUAUAUACAGGAUUCCGUACAGCCAUAAUAUAAAAACAAACAAUAACGAACGUAGACCUCCAGUUAUUCUAAGCCACGGAAUGACUUGCUGUAGUGCAGUUUUUCUGAAUCAGUGCCAACUUGGAUAUUACUUAGCUGACCAGGGUUACGAUGUCUGGUUACCAAAUAAUAGAGGAACAACGUUUUCUAGGAAACACGUCAUCUUAGACCCAGAAAAGGAUAAGGAUAAAUAUUGGAAUUUCAGUUGGCAUGAGAUUGGAGUAUACGACAUCCCAGCAUUUGUAGAUCUUGUGAUAGAAAAAACGAGUUUUCAAAAAGUUUAUUACAUCGGACAUUCUCAGGGUACCACAGCUCUUGCAGUCUUUCUCUCAGAAAGACCCGAAUAUAAUGAUAAAAUCAUGUUGAGCUGCUUGAUGGGAAGCGUGAUAUCUAUGGAUGAAGGCGUUAAAGCUAAUGUUGUGACGCUUUUGAAGUACUUUAUGGUUCCUCUAAUUAAGUUAGUCGAUCGUCACUUAUUUCGAAUACAUGUGAUUCCAUUUUCGAAUACGAUCCGAGCUAUGUCACCUCUGUUAAGUUGGAAUAGUAUCGGCCGUUACAUUUCAAUGAAAAGCUUGUACUACAUGACUGGAUAUGAAAAUUUUGAACAAGCAACUCAGCUUGAUCUGACCAAGUUUUGUCAGACCAUGCCAAACACUUCAUCAAUUGGUCAACUUCUACACUAUAUGCAAAAUAUACAAAGUAAAAAGUUCACAAAAUAUGACUAUGGGCCCGAGAAAAAUUUAGAGAAGUAUGGAUCAACUGAACCACCACUUUAUGAUUUGAAAAAAGUUACUUCACCAGUAGCGCUUUUCUAUGGAAAAAAUGACAUGUUCAAUAAUUAUAAAACAGACAAUUUGGAUAAAAAAUUAGGCAACGUGGUUUAUACACAUGUUGUUGAGGACGACGGUUUCAAUCAUAUAGAUUUUCUGAUAGCCAAAGAUAGUGUCCCUCUUCUAUACAAGCAUAUAGUUGAAAUAAUGAAAAGGUACCAGGAAUCAUGAUGACAGAAUAGGACAUUGAAUGGCCAAAAUGAAAAACCUUUUCAAAAUGAAUUUUAUGAUUUCAGUACCCUGGUAGACAUACCACUAAAAUCAUUAUUUUCACUUGAAUUCUAUUGUAACUCGAAUUGAAAUUAAAUUAUUGUG